AUGCCACUACUACACCCUCCUGAUUCAUCAUCGGAUUCAAAUUGGGAAGCCCCAUCAAACUCUGAAAAAGGCCCAAUACUCAAAGAAAAAUUCCCUGUUAAACCUAACCAAGAUCAUUUACUGGAAGCUGAAUCAGCCAUUGGCCAAAGUUGCGAAAACGAAGAAGUCCUGCCAAGCCCUCUGAAAGAGCAUUCAGACUGUGAAGUUUGUGCUACACCAGAGGAAACACCGUAUAGGCAUUCUUCCCCUGAGCUCAGUGUACCAUCUGGGGAGAGCAUCAGAACCGUUAUAUCUUUCCGUGAACGAUUAUCAUCCCCCGAAUCUCUUGGCACUGAGUCACACCAAGAUUUGGUAGACGGGAGAGAGCAAGCUUCUCCAAAGCCCAAACAGAACCCCUCGAAGACUUCAGCACAUAUAAGGAAGGCUCAUCACAUCUCCAAGAAGCGUCGGCUUAUAUUCAAAGAAGGCACUCCAAUAUCUCGAGAAAUGCCUCAAAGAGGAAGACAACCAGCGGCUUUUAAAUGCACUACAAUCGCAGAGGUGAGGCGGGUGCUGCAGCUUAAUGGGAAGGAUGCCCUCUAUAGGGCUCUACGCACCGACCUCGGGGAAGAGAUGAUUAGGCUAGAAUGGGUUAAUAAGCUAACCUCUGGAGAAGAUUUAUACAAUCAUUUAGUUACCUACCUAAUCGACCACAGGGCUAUCAGCAUCUUGAAGUCUACAUUUGUACAGAAGGCUUCAGAGUACUCUAGGACCACAGCAGCAGUCCUCAAAUUUCUUAUCGUUGAUCGAAUCCAGAAGUCCAGUAGAGCACACAACGGUGUAAACCGCGCACUAGACAAUCUAGAGGUCCCAGAAGACCCUGCACAAGGCUCACCUAACGAUCCUUGGAAGGAAUUUGGAAUCACACUUAGACCUGCAAUAACUAUCCAUGUUAAUGACCCGCUGAAGACAAGAGCCCCAAGAAGCGCUGUCUACCAUCACUACGACUGGUUCGGUCCAGCAUUCCUACCUCCUUCACUUGCCGUCCUCCCGAAUUUUAGCUUGCAAGAGUUAACAAAGGUUGCGAUGAAGCCCAUCAAUAAUCCUCCACCCCGGGGUGCCAAUGCAUAUCCACAAAACCCGGAAUAUUCUUGUAUUGGUGACGCCGAUGAGUUGGAGGCCUGGCUCAAAACCAGUGAGGCCAAACCAUUGAAAAUUUGCUCGGUGCUCUAUAGGCCCACUGCACUACUUAGGGAGGCUUCUUACAGGCCUCAAACUCCCCCUCCCGAUGGGUGGGACAACCUGACACCGGAUGAUCUGAUUCCGGUCGAACUUGAGGCAGACAAAGAAAUCUUUCAAUUCGCAGAUGGAGUGAAUAAGAAAGGUUUGAGAUUUCCUAUACCCACUCAAGAUAGAGAAUUUCAAGUCGUAUUGGCCAUGCUCCAUGAGCAUAUUGAGAGGUUUCAAAUGCUCGGGAGAAGGCUCAAUAGGCAUUAUAGUCUGUACUUCCCUAAUGGCAUUAAUUUUGAUUCUUGCCAUUACGAUCGUACCCGCUUUUGGACUUUUGCUGACAGAAACCACCUGUUCAGAGCGAAUAACAGCGUAGGAGGAGAUAGGCAUAAUCAAACCGACAGUAACAAAAAGGACGAAGAGGACGAAGAGGAUGAAGAGGAAGAAGAGGACGAAGAGGAGGAAGAGGAGGAAGAGGACGAUAAGGGCGAUGAGGACGAUGAGGACUAUGUGGACCAUCAAUCCUAG